AUGGUCUCUCUGGCUCAGGUUUCCCCCCAUCUGUCCGACUAUCCUGCUAUCGAUUGCUAUGGCGCAUCGCAAAAUGGCACCACCCGCGAAGUAGCACUACGGGUCAUUCGGCUUCCUUUCAAUCUUUACGCUAAGGACGGGUACGGCGUGCCCGUCGGCGAGGCUAUCGCUACUCAGUUCGUCUCAGAAAACAUCACUAUACCAGUUCCGCAUAUCCUAGACGUUGUAUCGUCCGGCCCCAAACACCCAUACUUUCCAAACCUUAAGAGCAACCUCAUUCUCUCGACAGGCAUCCCCGGGACUGAGUUCGGUCUCAGUAGUGUAAAAGUCGAUGACAUGUCUGAGGAACAGGCGUCGGUGUUCGUAAGCAGUGUUCGUGGGUGGUUCGCCCAGCUCAGAGCGUUGCCUCCACCGGGCCAUGCGAUAUCUGGUGUCAAUGGUGCUUCCUUCCUUAGCUAUCGGAUCCGAGACGCAGAACUCGUCGGUCCCUUUGCGUCACAAGAAGAAUUUCAUGCUCAGUAUUUUUGCACGCUAUGGGAACCCCUCGAAGAUCACGAUCGUGCUGCGCUAGUCAAGCGCAAUCGACGAAGUACAGGAUAUGCUUCACUCACGGCGACAUUACGCCAACGAAUAUUCUCGUGGAUAACCAGAUACGCCCUAUUGGGCUGGUUGAUUGGGAAUGUGCAGUAUGAAUGCCGGAAUACCGGGAAUAUACGCGGGCCAUAUAUAUCCGGCAGAGAAGUAGAGGCGGCGAUUUGGAAGCACUACAUGCCGUAACGAUUCCGAUUACUUUCAUUUACGCUCAGAUUUACACAAUAAUGGGUCCCAGAAAAAAUGAGACAAUACCGACACCCAC